AUGUCUGCUCAAGCUGAUCAGCAACCACUGCUUCUCAAAUUCCAAGUCCCCUCCGACCGUCUCAAAGUCAUUGUCGCUUCCUCUGCCGUAUCAGUCCCCAAGAAGCGCGCUCGUGAUGACGCAGCGAGUUCUGUUCGCAGUAGUCCACCGCCGUCUAGUCCCAUGGGCUCUGUAGCUGCUGAUGCAUCUGUUUCUCAGGCAAAAAGGCAACUUCUACGCAAGAAGAAUGGUCCGAAACGAAAACCGAAAACGGUUGGGUUGACGGAAGCGCAGCUCGCUCAACAGCCUUUGCAGCAUCAGCAAAAUGCCGCUGGUGAGGGGAAGUCGAAAUUAGGACCUCGUAUGAGUGAUGUCAAGGCGAUGUCUGGAAUUGGCAGUGCUUCUGGUAGCAAAACAGGAACGGCAGCGGGUCAUGGAACGCCUAUACCUGCUGGCGGUGCAGCUGGCCAUGCCAUGCCAGAAGCUUAUCGUUUGCUCGAUCGAAGUGGCAGUAAAUGUAAACGCUGGAGACCUAGUAAGCUGCUGGUGCACUCCAUCAGCGGAUAUCGCUGGCAUGCAAAAACCUGGCAUAUCGCGAAGGAAAAGGCAGUGCAACCGUCGCCUCAGAAGGAGAAUGCCGUUGUUGCUACUAUCGCUACGACAAAGUUUGCUUGA